CUAACUUUAAACCUGUCGUCAUUGCUACGAUAGCAGGUAUCAAAACAUCAACAUCCUGAGUUGCCCAUCUCCAGGAUACUUGUUGUUUUGGGCUUUCCGAACAGGCAAUUAUAACAUAUUCAAACGAAUUGAUGUGUUAAAGAUCAAGCAAGAUCCAAUCUACUCGCCACCAUGCAACGGUCGCAAGCUACUCCUAAGACGCCGUCGAGCAAAGCUCCGCACAACGGCUUCUUCAGAAACGGAGUAUGGCAUUGCAAUUGCAUUCCUCGGCUACCGGCGGUCCAGUUUACGGUUAGGAAGAACACAGUCAACAAAGGCCGCUCGUUCUACACCUGCCAGAAGGACAAAGACAGGAAGAACAAAUGCGACUUUUUCCUUUGGUUCGAAGAUGCUCGCGAGCGCGAAGUUGGCGCCGUUUUAACCAAUUCGCGCAGCGAGACUGAGGACACCCCGAGUCGUAAACCGAAGAGACAGAGAACGCUACACGAGAGCAUCACCCCAUCCAAAGACAAACGACCGGAGGGAGAGAAGACGCCUGUUCUUAGCAUUGCUGGACUGAAUCAGUUUCUUAGUCGCAAAAACCGCAACGAGAGCACACCCUCUUCCACGACUUUGCAGAGCCAGACGGUCAGAGGAAGCCUGAAUGUUGAACAGGAGUCGGCCAAUAAUCUAGGCGGCCUUUUCACCUCGGAUGAAGAUUCGGAUGAAAUAGACCAGAUAUUUCAGGAAUUAAGCAACAAGCCGGUGUCCAGCGCAAUGCAGAACACACCGUCAGCAGGAUCCAAGAGAAAGCGACCGGACGCCGAUGAGUACAGCGACUUUUCGUCCGGCGACGAGGAGGAACUCGCGAUUAUCACCGACAACUCCGCCAAGACCCAGACCAGACACCGCGAUGCAUUCGAGACGCCUUCCGCAACUCGAACCUUUGCCCCCAAAGACGGUCUACCGACCCCGCUCACCGAGAAGCCCAUUCGUCGGGUCCUAUUCGCCGACCAAUCCACCUCCACGAAGCGGCUGCGUACCGACGAAUCCGGAUCCUUCUCUACCCCCGCGGCCUCGACUUCUUUCACCUCCACCUCCACCUCCACCACCCCCAAGCAGACAACCUGGUCACAGUCCUCAACCCCGUCCUCGUCGCAAGGAAAAAGCAACCCGAGCAUGACGGACGAAGUCAUGUCUUUCCUCGACGGCACACAGCUCGACAAGGACGUCGAACGCGCCGUGCGCGCCGCGCUGGACAGACACGCGGCGCGGGCGCGGGGACUCGAGAAGGGCCGCGAUGCUGCGCGCGAGGCGAUGAAGACGGCGAAGACGCAGAUCGCGGGACUCCAGGCUAAGAUUGCGGAUCUGGAGAAUCAGCGGAAACUGGAUGCUGAGGCGAGACAGAAGACUCGCACGGAUCUUAUGCGGCUGUAUCGCGAUAGCUAGGCGCUUGAGGCGGCAAGGUGGGAGGAUGGGGGCAUGUGAGGCCGUCGUGGUUAACGCCAAGGACGGCCGUUUCAUGGGAUUGAAAAUCGGGCUAUGUGGAUUUGGAGCUUGGUGAGCUUGGGAAGUUGAGGAUACCCCUUUAGUUUUGCUUUUGCUCUUAAUACCGUGAAUAGGUACAUAGGUAGUUAGGUUAUGAGACGUUGAUACU